AUGGAAAAAAAAAGGAAAGCGCAUAGGGCCGCUGCCUGGGGGCCGCCAGGGCGCGUCUGGAGCUGGCGCUGGACGUGGCAGCAUGCGGGACGCCAGCCAAGCGCGGGGUACUGCACGACCACCAAGCAGUACCUCGCAUCCAUCAUCCCCACCAGUUGGCUUGGUGUCGGCAGGAUCCUCUCGGAUCUCGCACCCGCCGCUGGUGGAAUACGCCGCUUGCACUGGACUGAAGAAAUGAAUAGGAACGCAAUGCGGGCGUAUCUUAAGGCGAAAGGGAGUGAGACUGGAGGGUUUGCGUAUCGGGCAAGGAUGCAUCGCUUUUUUGCUGAGCUGGAGCCAUCUAUAACCGUCACCGAGCAAAACCUGGCAGAUCGAGUUCGGUACAUCAUGCGCUCAAAAAUAUUUGAUGAUACCGAGCUCGAACGACUACGACGUGAGGCUGUUCCCUCAUCGGAUGAAAAUGUAGUGGCUGGGGAUACGGCCCCGCAAGCUGUGGACCCUGCAGGGUUACAAGCAGAUGCGGAGGCCGCGGUUAACCCCCCGGCUCCUGUAGAAUCGUGCGAUGAUGGAAUAGUCGCCCAAGAAAUAGAGCAGAUGGGAAGCAUAUUGGAGGAGGCAAUUCUGGAGGUGCGC